AUGCCCACCCUCCCCAUCUGGCUCGCACUCCUCCUCGUCGGCGUGCCUGCCGCGCACGUCCUGAUCGCGCCGUACACAAAGGUCGAGGAGAGCUUCACCAUCCAUGCUGCGUACGACGUGCUGAGGUAUGGCUUUGCGCCGCGUGCGCUUGAGAUGCAAUCUCUCACGUAUCGCUGCUCUCUCCCUUCUUCAACUGCGUGCUUUACCUCAUCACGCGCCCGCGUCGACCACCAGUGGGACCAUCGUACCUUCCCCGGCGCUGUCCCCCGCUCCUUCCUUCCUCCUAUUCUCCUUGCGGUGGUCUCCUGGCCUGUGGCGGCCCUCGCCAACCUGGGAGGCAUUACACGUACCUCGGUGGACGUGCAGGUUCUCGUCCGCCUCGUCCUUGCGUUUGCCUUCUCUGCAUCGUACGCACACCUCGCCCGCACCAUUUGGACUCGCUACGGUCCCUCCACGGCCAAGCUCUUUGUCAUCAUCUCCCUCAUUCAGUUCCACGUGCCCUACUAUGCCGGCCGCACGUUGCCCAACUUUACUGCCUUGCCCUUUGUCGUGUUGGCCGUCUCGCUCGUCCUGCGCGGCCGCAACUUUGCCGGAAUCGCCCUCAUGACCGCUGUGGCGACUGUGGUCCGUCUCGAGCUGGCGCUCUUUGUCGUGCCCCUUGCGCUCAAUCUCGUCAUUAUCCGUCGUAUGAGCCUGCUCAGCGCUCUCGCUGCCGGCGUCGUUGGCGGUGUGGGAUCUCUUCUCGUGGCCGCGCCGAUCGACUACACUCUCUGGGCACCCGUACUCCCGCACGAGUCGCUCCCGGGCUUCACCCCCACCUCGGCCCUCUGGCCCGAGUUGUCUGCCAUGAUCUUCAACGUUGUCGACGGCCACGCCGACGAGUGGGGCGUCAUGCACGCUACGUUCUAUGCCACUUCGCUCGGCAAGAUGCUCGCGGGCGCCCUGCCCCUCGUCAACGGCGGUAUCCUCUGGGCCAUCGUCCUUGCCAUUACGGGAAACAAGGACUCUGUCAUCUCGGACACGAACCUCCAGCGCUGUGUGGGCGAAGUUUCGCGCGUGUUUGGUCCUCCCGUCGUCGCCCUCGUCGGCUGCCUCACGACCGUUGGCCACAAGGAAUGGCGCUUUAUCGUCUACGUCAUGCCCAUCCUCAACAUUCUCGCAGGCUCCACCGCCUCGGCGCUGUGGUACAUCCCGCACCGUGCCGGCCGCGUCGUCACGCGUCUCGGCGUGCUCGCCCUCCUGGCUAUCACGCUCGCCGUCACCGCGUUCUCCACCUACGUCUCGACGGCAAACUACCCGGGCGGGCAGGUAUGGACCACGCUCAACACCCUGGCCAUCCCCGAGGGCUCCACUAUCCAUUUCCCUUCGUACCCGCUCCAGACCGGCGCGACGCUGUUCACAUUCACCCACGCGUCGGCGGCCGCCUCGGGCACCUCUGGCGCCCUCGCGUUCCCGGCUCAACAGUCGCCGACGUGGGUCUACUCCAAGAACGAGGACGUCGCCCUGCUCACGCCCGCGGGCGCGUGGGCCGCCGACAUUGACUAUGUGAUCACGCACAAUGCCGCCAGCUGGAUCUCGGGCCACAAGGCGUACCGCAAUGGCGAGCUCAUGUGGACCGAGGUCGCCAACAUCGGCGGCCUGAACGGCGUGAGGCGCGGUGGAAAGUACUUCCUCGAGGUGGCGUGGGGCAAGAAGCUGUCCAUCCUCAAGAGGGUGGACUAG